CAACAGCAGCAGCAGCUACAAAGGAGGAGGUGUUUAUAAAGUCUUGCUUUUUGCCAUUCUGGGGUCAGUCUCUUGUCACUGCUGAGGGCCUGCAGGAGCUUUGUGGAGUACCGAAGCCAACACCUGUGCAGAGUGUCAUAGGUACGUGGAGCUGAAGGGGCUAAUGAAGGACCCGAAGCAGCAGAGCUACUGGCAGGAGACGGGCCGAUGGGCGGGCUACGAGGAGAGCUACGACCCCCAGGCCGGGGUGUGGUCGUCCUUGAGCAUUUCCUACCUCACCUUCAAGAGCCUUAUCCACCUCCGACGCACCAUGAACACAGGUGUGACGAUAUUCGACAGCGAAAAGCGGACGCUGUCCGACAUCGCAGAGGAGAUGGUCACCAAGAUGGUUAACAAGAAGGAGAUCAGGCCUGGGGACCGGGAGGGAGUGCUACAAUCUCUUCUUCAAAACCACAGCCAAUCAGACGACCCCGAGAGACAAGCCCUGACUGAUGGGGUGGACCUGCAGAAGUUUUCAGUCAAAGACAGAAGGGAUGAAUCCGACCAGGUCGAGGCCUCCAUGGUGCUCGUAGGCUCCUUGGACUUUCUAGAAAGGCCUACCGUCGUGUUUGUGCGUUUGAAGGAAGCUGUGGCGCUCGACUCGACCUUGGAGGCCCCGGUGCCUGUGCGCUUCGUCUUUGCUCUGGUUGGCCCCAGCCAGACUGACAUGGACUACCGCGAGACGGGCCGCGCCAUGGCGUCACUGAUGGCCGACAAAGUUUUCAAUCAGACAGCAUUUCGGGCAAAGAGCGACCGUGAACUGACGGACGGCGUGGCCAGCUUCCUGGACUGCAGCAUCGUCAUCCCGCCCACCGAGAUCCAGGACGAAGCGAUGCUCAGCUCCAUUAUCGGCUUUCAGAAGAAACUACUCCAGGACAGGUUCCAGUCCUCUGAUCGCGCCGUCCGCCUGGACGCCAAACCUCGCAGGGUUUCCAUCGCUACUGGUCCCAAACCCGAAGACCCCCUGUCCCGUACCGGUCGCCCAUUUGGUGGGAUGAUGCGAGACAUAAAAAGGCGUUACCAGUACUACAAGAGUGACAUCACAGAUGCUUUUAACGCCCAAGUCCUGGCCGCCGUCAUCUUCAUCUACUUUGCCGCCCUGUCUCCCGCCAUCACCUUCGGAGGACUGCUGGCUGAUAAGGUGGAAAACAUGAUGGGCGUUUCAGAGCUCCUCAUCUCCACCAGCAUUCAGGGGAUCAUCUUCUGCUUUGUUGCCGCUCAGCCCGUCCUGGUCAUCGGUUUCUCAGGUCCUCUGUUAGUGUUUGAGGAGGCUUUCUAUGCUUUCUGCAAGUCCCAGGGCAUUGAGUAUAUUGUGGGCAGAGUGUGGGUCGGAUUGUGGCUGGUCAUCAUUGUGGUCAUCAUCGUGGCCUUUGAGGGCAGCUUCCUGGUGCGUUUCAUCUCCCGCUUCACCCAGGAAAUCUUCUCCAUCCUAAUUUCGCUCAUCUUCAUCUAUGAGACCUUUGCCAAGCUAGGCAGGACCUUUAAGGAUCAUCCGCUGGUUCUGAAUUACGAUCACCUCAAUGCCUCGCUAGACAACCCCUGGCAACCGAAGGUGGAAGAGGUCGUCGGGAACAACAACUUGACCGGCAACACGACUGUGAUCGUCAAAACCGUUACGCCACAUUACCCCAACACAGCCCUGCUCUCCAUGUGCCUCAUGUUGGGCUGCUUCUUCAUCGCUUUCUUUCUGCGCCAGUUCAAGAACGGCACUUUUCUCCCUGGAAAGGUCAGGCGUUUGCUGGGUGACUUUGGUGUGCCUAUUGCCAUUUUCCUCAUGAUCGUCCUGGAUUACAACAUAAAUGACACAUACACUCAGAAACUAGUGGUUCCCAAAGGUCUGACGGUGUCCAAUCCGUCCAAAAGAGGCUGGCUCAUCAACCCCUUCGGAGAGCACAAGACUUUCCCCGUGUGGCUGAUGUUCGCAUGCUGCGUCCCGGCCAUGCUCGUCUUUAUUCUGAUCUUCCUGGAGUCUCAGAUCACAACUCUGAUUGUGAGUAAGCCUGAGAGGAAGAUGGUCAAAGGCUCUGGCUUCCACUUUGACCUGCUGCUUUUAGUCGGCAUGGGAGGGCUCAGUGCAAUAUUCGGCGUGCCGUGGCUCAGUGCCGCCACAGUGCGAACUGUUACCCACGCCAACGCUCUCACCGUCAUGAGCAAAGGGCCCAAACAUGUGAUUGAGAAGGUGAUGGAGCAGAGGGUCAGUGGCAUUCUGGUGGCGUUGCUAGUUGGUCUGUCGAUUCUGAUGGAGCCGAUCCUAAAGCUGAUUCCCAUAUCGGCCUUGUUUGGGAUCUUUCUCUACAUGGGAGUCACGUCACUCAAUGGCAUCCAGCUGUGGGAUCGUAUGCUGCUUCUGAUAGUGCCUAAAAAAUACCACCCGGAUAAACCCUACGCCACCAAAGUGAGCACAGGACGGAUGCACUUGUACACGGCCAUCCAGAUAGUGUGCCUCAUCAUGUUGUGGAUUGUUAAAUCCAGUCCAGUAUCCCUUGCACUUCCCUUCAUACUCAUCCUCACCAUUCCUCUACGCAUGUUUAUGACUGGCCGUUUCUUCAGUGAACUGGAAAUGAAAUGUUUGGAUUCCGAUGACGGCGAAGUGAAAUUCGAGGAGGAACCGGGGCAGGAUGUAUACUGUGAAUCUCAGAUGCCACUGUAGAGGUUUUCCAUGGCAGCUGUCAUACCUGAACUCCUUUUAUUUGAACAAAUAGAUAUUUAUUUUAUAUAUGGCUCAAAUGAAUGUUUCAUCCACCUAUAAACACUAAACAGCUUGUAUUUGUCUUAAUUCAAAAUAACUUUAUGGUGUCAAUAUGGUUGAACAUUAUUAUCUUUAUAUUGGUCUUGGUCAAACAUUGCUGAAGAGUUUUCAACAAGCACUCAGUUAAAAAAGCUGGAAAUAUUGGGAUUUUUGAAAAACAUUUACAGGUGCACUACACCAUAUUUAAAAUGAAUCAUGUUUGCACUCAAUAAAUGGACGGAUUGAAUGCUCAAUGGAAAAUAUUGUAGGGUUAUUGCAAUUGCACAUUGAAUGAAUGUUGUUAAACGUGCCAAGUUAUUGUUGUCCCUGAUGCGAGUAAACUCUGAAUUAGGUAAUUCAUAAUUUAUCCGGCAACAUGCGAGCAAAGUGUAGAUAUUUUAGCAAGAAUUUUAAAUUUUUUAACCCUGAAGAGAAUGAAGCCUUUACUCAUUUAAUGGAAAAUGGGAAAUCGUGUGUGUUGUUUAUGUGUGUAUUAUGUUGCUGUCUUCUUGUCAUCUCCCUAAUUAAAAAAAUGACCUCCCAACAGAGCCAUCAACCGAGUUUCA